AGGAGAGGAGAUUAAAGCAAUUACUGACCACAUAAUUCUACCUGAAAAUGUCCGACUCCUAGCUACUACGCAACAUCAAAUUGAAACCACAAUUGCUUUCUUAUAUACACAUUUCACUUUUAGGGGAAUUCCACCCUACAUUAUUAAUAUCCCUAAACUCCCAGCACCUAAAUGGGAACUUUUUAACAACUACGUUCCUAAUAAAUAA